GCGCACUGCGGAACACUGGGAGGGAGGGUUGUUCAGCGGUUAGCUUCUCCAACUUCAGCGCCUCAAAAAGCCUGGGUUCAAGCCUGAUUCAAAAUGGCGGCUCAGAUACACGGAUCGAGGAAAUUCUACGAUAUUCCUAGCGAGGAGUUAUCAAAUUUGCGACAUAGAUCUCAGCGAAAGAAGAAAGAAAACAACGAGAAACUUUUAAGAUACAUUGAAGAAAAUUGCAUUGGAAAAGACUUGACGUUUUCUGGACCAUAUGGGCGAAGAAAUGUGACUUAUUGUGACUACACAGCAUCGGGAAGGUCCCUGACAUUCAUUGAGGAUUAUAUCAGAGAGCAGGUCUUGCCCCAUUACGGUAACACACACACAACGACCACUGUGACCUCAUUACAAACCACUUUGUAUCGUCAUGAAGCAAGGGAUAUUAUCAGGAAUGCUGUGAAUGCCAGUGAGAAUGAUUCUGUUGUGUUUGUUGGGAGUGGUGCAACAGCAGCUGUUCACAAGUUGAUUCAUGCUUUAGACUUGAAACAACCCCCAAUAGUCUUUGUUGGACCAUUUGAGCAUCAUUCGAACCUCCUUCCAUGGAAAGAAGUAGGAGCUGAGGUUGUGUGGAUUCAUCAGAACUCAGAAGGCUUAGUUGAUCUGUUAGACUUGGAAUUCAAACUUAGGGUUUACUCUUCCAAAAGCAGGCAGUUGAUUGGUUGUUUCUCAGCAGCCUCUAAUGUGACAGGAAUUCUAACAGACACUGAUGCUGUAACUGCCUCUCUGCACAGACAUGGUGCACUGGCCUUUUGGGAUUAUGCUACAGCAGGUCCCUAUGCUGAAAUCAACAUGAAUCCUUUGGUAACCAGUGAUGACCAAGGACUUGUCUACAAGGAUGCAAUUUUCAUUUCAGUGCACAAAUUUGUGGGCGGUGUAGAGAGUCCAGGUAUCCUUGUGGCAAAAAAGAAUUUGUUUGUGAACCCUGUCCCAUCAGGUUGUGGAGGUGGCUCUGUGUUUUUUGUUACAGAGAACAGCCACAGAUACCUGAAAGAGAUUGAGACGAGAGAAGAAGCUGGCACUCCAGCCAUUGUAGGUUCCGUGCGAGCCGGUCUUGCCUUUCAACUGAAACAGGACAUCGGUUCAGAGAGCAUUAUGGGCAUCGAGGAAGAUUUAUGCAGGAGAGCACUGGCCAUCUGGAGUAACAACAGAAAUAUUGUUCUUCUGGGAAACACAUCAGUCCCUCGACUUCCCAUUUUCUCAUUCCUCAUCAAGGAUCCAUAUUCUGGAGUGUUCUUACAUCACAACUACGUGUGUGCCCUACUCAAUGACGUGUUUGGAAUACAGGCCCGUGGAGGCUGUGCUUGUGCGGGCCCUUAUGCACAGAAUCUUUUAGGUAUAGAUGAGAAACUGGCAAAAGAGAUUGAAGACCUUCUUUUGGAAGACAGUCGUUUGGACAGAGUUCACCUUCGAAGAUACCACGAAUACUCCGAACGAGAAAUUUUAAGGCCAGGUUUUGUUCGUCUCAAUUUGCCGUAUUUUAUGUCGCACGAUGCCGUUGAAUUUGUUCUCAAAGCGGUGGAGAUGGUGGCCGAACACGGCUGGACGCUUCUUCCGCAGUAUAUGUUCAACCCUGAGACGGGAGAAUGGAAACACAGGAAACACCAGGUGUUCCGCGACCGGAAGUGGCUUGGGUCAAUCUCUUAUUCAGAGGGUCACAUGACUUACCCAUCAUCCUCUCUGAUUGGGAAAGAGCCUCCAUGUUCUUAUUCGGAAUGUCUCUCGCAAGCUGAAGAAAUAUUCCGUAAAGCAACCACGGACAGGCUUAUUAAUAGUGUUGGCGAUCAGACAUUACUGUUCGGUGAAGAAGGUGAAAGAUACCGCUGGUUUCUACUUCCCAGUGAAGCGGCGCAGCUGUUGGGUGGGAAAGCUCCCGCCCAUUUUCCAAUGACGCCACCAUUUUCUCCGCCACAGUGGAAUAAUAGUGCUCAUGUCCUUGCCGGAGCUGAUUCCUGUGGUGCCAAGUGCUUCGAGUCUUUUAAUGGGACUUUUGUGAGCCCCAUGGAAAACUGUACCUUGGAGUCACCUGAAAGUCACGUAUUCCGCGAAGAAAAUAGCAAUGAUAUUAAAGGUGCUGAAGACUGUAGAACUGUUAUGGGUCAAGUUAACGGUCCAAUCAUAGACGAUUUAUCAUCAAAUAUGAGUGAUAACUACGAUAACAUUGCAGACAAGGAUAUUUCCACCCUGCUGUGUAUGGAUGAAAUUUUAGAUUCAGCAGUAAGUUUACGCGUUAAUUCGGGCCAAGCUGACAAAUGUUAUUCGACGAAAUUUGAGGCUGGAAGUGUAGAUACAGAACAUGGAGAUAACACAGUAUUGGAAGAGAGAACUCAUGGAAUAAAAUCCUUUGAGAAUGAUUCCAUUCCCAUUUCCAAAAAGGAAAAAUCACCCGAAAGUAGUAUAGCAAAUAACUCUAAUAGACUCCACAAGAAACCGGCCGAGUCUCUUGUUGACUGCGAGAAAACGAAAACAAUAUUUGCCGACGCCGGUCUUAAUUCAGUAGCAAAGUCUUCGUCUGAAAGUAAGAUAAUUUCCGGAAAUGAGGACGCCUCGGCGAGUUUUAAAACAGUUUGCCAAAGAAAACCGAGAAAGAACAAACAAAAAGAAGUUGUGACUGGAAAACCGCAGUUCCAUCAUCCGCCAAAGAGCAUUUUUAAGCCGACUUUAGAGGCCCUAGAAGAGUACGACAUGAUUCGUGAUGGAGACCGGGUGAUGGUGUGUCUAUCAGGAGGCAAAGACUCGCUCUCUUUACUGCACACGUUACGCCAAUAUCAGUUCUAUAGCAGAUCUAAGGGCAUUAAUUUCGAGCUUGGAGCUGCAACCGUAGAUCCUCAGUCACCUGGGUAUGAUCCAAAACCUUUGGUUCAGUAUUUAGCAGCUCUUGGUGUUCCUUACUUCUUUGAAGAGCAAGGUAUUAUUCAACAGGCCGCCCAGCUUACCGUUUGUGAAUCCAUCUGUAGUUUCUGUUCACGAAUGAAGCGCGGCAGGUUGUACGCAUGUGCUAAACGUUUUUGGUUUAAUUGCAGCUUUUUGAUGUCAGCAUUUCACAACGGUCUCUUACGGACAAUGAAGGCAAACUACACAGUCCUGGAAGGCGAUUUAAGAGUUAUUAGACCUCUUGUACAUGUUCGUGAGAAGGAGCUUCGAAAUUUUGCUGAAAAGGUAAAAUUACCAGUGAUUGCGGAGAACUGUCCUGCUUGUUUCGAAUCACCAAAGGAGCGCCAUAGAACAAAGCAGUUACUGGCUGCUCAGGAAAUAUUAUUCCCAGGUCUCUAUCACAGCCUGCUCACGGCCAUGAAGCCAUUAAUGGCUCGCUAUCGAGUGGGCCAGGAGUCUAGCAAAAUGAAAGAGGGAAACUAUGAGGACUUUCUAUGACACGAGAAAAUGGGACCUGUGCAGCGAGAGAUUCUUUACCGUAGAAGUUGUUCAUCUGAUUGACUGAGAGGACGACGUGCGUUUUACUUGACCAAUCACCGAGCGUUCUAUAAUA